UCCAGAUUUUGAACUAUCUGCAACUUAUCAUUAAGAACAAUGCACAAGCAAACAAAGCUGCUUGCCAAGUAGGUUCUACAGCUGGAGGUAGGCCCUGGGAGGUGGAGAACACGGCACUCGCUCUAUCUCUAACAUUAAACCACUUCACCACGGAAAAGUGAGUUGAGCAAGAGAAAGAAAAUGUCAGAUCAUGCCCGAGCCAGGUUGAUGAAACAUAACAACAGAAGCAGCACCCCUCCUCUGCACUUACUGUGCCAACUUACCGCAAGAAAUAAAGGAACCAACUCACUUCAGAGAAGGUGCCCUGCACUUUGCAACGUCUGAAACCCUCUCUCAGAGGCACUGCUGAAAGAGCCAUGGAGGAGCAGAAGAGGCCCAGGAAGCUGGGCUCAAGCCGACGAAAGCAGCUGCGAGAUGUGUUUGGUGAUGCAAAGACAUCCUCGAUCCCGGAGGAGGAGCCGUUCCCACCUGAAAUAAUGGAAAAGGUUCAAGAAUUCUUCCAGGAAUGCGACAAGGACCAGAAAGGUUUCAUCACACGUGCUGACAUGCAGAAACUGAAGAAGGAGGAUUUCCCAUGCAGCGCAGCGGAGCUGGAGCUGGUCUUUGAUGGUCUCGAUACCGACAGGAAUGGAUAUUUAACUACAGAGCAAUUCACCACAGGGCUCAAGCAGUUCCUGAGCUUGCAGACUGCGACAAGGCAGCACAGGAGGAGGAAGACAGCUUCCAGGAGGGUGUACAUGUCCCGCACAGACUACUCCCUGGAGGAAGCAGACAGCGAGGAAAGAAAAUGCUUCAGAGCGUUCAUGGACCAACUGGGAGCAGAAAAUAUCUUUGAAGACCAGUCAGAGAUUUGGAGGCUGUGGGUGAAGCUCCGUCAAGACGAGCCUCACCUGGUGGGGAACUUGGAGGAGUUCUUGGCCACGAUGACGCACCGGAUCAAGGAAGCUCGGAGGGAAAAGGUGACGCUGGAGCUGACCUUGAACAAACGGGUCACUGAUCACAACCGGGAGGUGCAGAAGCUGUACGAGGAAAUGGAGCAGCAAAUAAACCGGGAAAAGCAGCGCCUGCAGCAUGAGAGUAAAGCAAGAAGUCACCUGCACACCACGGAGGUGCAGAGAGCACUAGACGUUGUGGAUGGGGAAGUGCAGCGCUUGCUGGUGGUUCAAAGUGAGCUCGAGACCCAGUUCCACAGCCUCAGCACCAAGCAGCACGCUGCCACCAGCGAGAACCAGAGGCUGAAAGAAAACAACCAGGACCUGGAGAACCAGCUGCAGCAAAUUCACAUCCAGCUCCAGGAGACCCAAGGGCAUCUGGGUGCUAUGAGGGGCAGGGUAUCUCAGCCUCAUGACAAGGAAGAGAGGGACAAACCAUUGGCUGAGGCGAUCUGUGAGAUCCCUCCACCUUCCCAGGAAACUUUGAACAAGGAUAAAAUGUUCUGCUCUGAAAUGUAUAUUAGACUUGGAUCCCAGCAGAGUGAUGAUACACCAGACAGCUCCCAUCAGCUGGUGCCGUACGGUAUUUCAUUUGCUCCUGAAGCUGAUUCGGGACAGAGGACAAGAGUGAUCUCCAUAGAAGAAGACCCCUUCACAGAGUUUAUGAAAAAGGGAGACACAUUCUUCCAGCAGGAACUUUCAGGCCAAAGCUCUUUGCUCAGCGAACUGAAUGAUGCAAUAGCAGCUCUGAACAAGGUGUCUGAACCACAAGUACCAGAGACAGAUGACCUACUGCAUGGGGAUGCUUCUUUACAGCCAGACAGACAAGGUGGGGAUUCUGAGCAAAGAAUCAAGCAGGUCAGAGAUUCAGAGCAUCAGGUGCUCUCAAGAAAUGACAAUGAACCUAAGGCCCUGCCUGAGGCACUUUCAGUCCUUUCCACCAAUCAGGCUACAUCCCAAAGAGAGGCUCUUAAACAGGGACCAACUCAAGCAGACCCUCAUGCACAGGAGGUGAAGCAGGCUUGGGCUUCUGAGCCAGCAACGCAUGAUCAGGCUCAAAAACUCACAAAGAAAGAGGUUGUUUAUGCAGAGGUACAGCCCCCUACUGUUUCAGAACCUGCAACACAAGCCACCAUUCACAAGCAGAACCCGCCAGAGGGAGGUGUUCUCCUGCCAGGUGUCUUGCAGCCGGGCAUUACAGAGCAGGCAGAUGAAAUUCAGAAGUGGGUAUCAAUGAAGAGAGAUGUGGUCCUUGCAGAUGUGUGGCCACCUGCUGUUUCUGAGCAGGCACUGCUGAAGGAAAAGCCUCCAGAAAUGAAAGCGCUGGAGAAGAUAUUUGAGCAGAGAGAGACACCAAAACAGGAGACACCACCAACUUAUUUCCCUCAUGUGGGAGCCCUGCACAAGGAAGGUGUAGAAAAUGAACAAGGAGAAGCCCUUCUCAGAGCCAGCCAGCUGGGGGAUACACUCCAGGCCAAGACGCAGCUCCAAAGCACUGGGAAACCAGAAGCAACACGGGCAGAAGAAACAAGAGGAGACCUGGAUAUUUUUCAACAAGAGGAGAAGCAAAUGAGCAGUGUGAAAGUGAACGAGGAUGCAAUCCCCAAACUGGGAGGCCAGGGAUACCAAGCUAAUGUGACACCAGAGCAGCCAGGCGGAGCUGCUAAAGGCACCACGGAGACCUGCCCUGAUCCAGACCAUCUUUAUAACGUGUUGUUUGUGGGGGACUCAAAUGUUGGCAAAACAUCAUUUCUGUACCGGUUACACGAGGAUUCCUUCAACCCAAACCUAGCUGCUACUGUAGGAAUGGAUUAUCGGGUCAAAAACCUUUUUGUGGACAACAAGUGCUUUGCUCUACGCCUAUGGGACACGGCUGGCCAAGAAAGGUACCAUAGCAUCACCAAGCAGUUCUUCCGAAAAGCUGAUGGAGUGGUGUUGAUGUAUGAUGUCACUUCAGAAUACUCCUUCGCGGACGUGCGGUACUGGCUGAAUUGUAUCCAGGAAGGAGCAGGAGAUGGAGUUGUCAUCCUUCUACUUGGUAACAAAACAGACUGUGCCGCAGAAAGACAGGUAUCUACUGAAGAGGGUGGACGCUUGGCUAAGGAGUGUGAGCUCUUGUUUUAUGAAUGCAGUGCUGCGUCGGGCGACAAAGUCUCUGAAUCCAUGAUUGACUUCGCCAGAUCACUGAAAGCUCAUGAAGACAGAUUAAAAACUGAGGUGGUGGAGGUACCAGCGCCACCAAAGAAGAAAAGAGGUUGCUGCAGAUGACCGAGAAACUCUGUGCUUUGAUCACAAAAUACAGCCUGAAAGCAUAAGAAUGGCCCUCUCUUAACCUUCAUCUCUGCUCCUCAUGUCUGACUUUACUGAUUCCCCUUAAGCGUUGCAGAACAAAUGCAGUUAUGAGGGAGUGAGUUGUAUUCUGUCUCAUUCAUAGCUAAUCUACUUCUCUGAUUGCCUACCCCCACAGAAUGUUAGGGCCUAACCCAUUAGUGGGCAAACAUUAUUUCUUUCAUUAAGAGAUCAAAACUGUGCUCCUCCAUUGCUGCUCCUGAUGCAAGAAGCAGAAAGAGCCCAGCUGGAUUUUCAGAUCUCAGAAUGAGUUUUGCAGCCAGCGGACAGAAAAAUCCUCUUUGAGGGUGGAAUUCACUCUUAUGCAGAGGGCCUGUGCAACGCCUAUAAUGUAUCGCAGGAGAUCUCAAAAUUGGGUUUAAGUGGUGCAGGCACCUCUGCACAGUGGUGAAUUUCACUCAGAAUGUGUAAACUCAGAAAAUCUGAUCCAGAUUCAAUUAAGAGAGAAUACACAAUGUGCCUCAAUCUCAUUUUUACAGUCAUUUUUCCGAUUGCACUUUAUAAAGUAUGUCAUCAGUUUGAAGUGUCUUCACCUUUAUAAUAUCUAGCUUUGCCCUCGCCUACGUCUCAUAUUGUACUACACCAGCGGUCAAUAGAGGAUCCCUACAAAAAAGGCUGCUAAAACUGUGAUUAAAAAAACAACACAUAGAAAGAUGGGUAGAAGGUACAGGAUAAUAAAAUCACUUUGGAGCGAUGAGGCAAUCGGAUAGUUUGAUCAGCGGAACAUUUGUGAGUCUAUAAUUUUCAAUGGAGGGUACUUUGAGCAAUGGAACAGCCUCCAGGGCAAUGGAUUGUUGCAUUAGAACAGAGGUUCUCAAACUGUGGUCCGUAAGCUCCAUUCAGGUGGUCCAUGGAUAGUUUCCUCUAAGGUACAUGCCUGGGGGGCCGUACACAAGAGAAUGAAGGGCCAGCCACCUAAUAAAUGGAGCCUUGCAGGUGUGGCUCCACUAAUUAGGUGCCUGGAUCCUGGAGAAGAUGCACAUGUAAGGUGAGGGGGUGGCCUU